CAUCAUGACACUGCCUGGGUGGAUCUACAUAGGAAUCUUUGUACAUGUUAUAAUAGCCCUUGUGUUCAUAUCUUCUCUACUCUACUAUCACUACAAAUCUAAUACUGUUGCUGUCCAGAUCGCUACUAAAAUAGACAAGUAUCUAAAAGAGUUUGGUUAUGAUGCUGCUCCUUUUCUACCAGAAUGGUACAACAAGCUCUCAACUAUUGUAAAACUGGACUAUCCUCCAAAUACAGUGUGUGUGGUGGUGUUAUCAAAUGCAGACAUGUUUGACAAGACAUUACCUUGUUACAUCAGUGAACAUGAUCCAGAACUGAAGAAAGGGACUGAUUGUGUUGAUUUAUGCACCAAGCACUACAUGACAAAGGCUGUCGAGGAGCUAUUCCCCGGAGAAGAUGUGGACAUUAUCUACGACUGGGAGCUCCAAACAAACUCGAGACUACCCAAAAUAAACAUGUCAACUGCGGGUCACGCGGCGGGACAAGCGUUUUAUAACCGGCCUGAGGAGAUCUCGACGCCUACUUGGGAGCAGACUAAAAAAAUGUUUGGGUGCUCUAUUAGUCCUAAAUACAGCGGAUGGUUUGGUUACCGAGCAGUGUUAGUAUUCAAGAACCACCAGGACGACACUAUACAAUAUCUGCCACCCCACGACGCGGUGGAGACACAGGAACAGAAAACUAAGCUCAUGGAGUGUUUUAACGGUGACUGGAAGGACCCAGCCUGGAGAGAUAUCGUGUUUACUGAUAAAAGAUACAGUGUAGAGCAGCUGGAUUACUUUAAUACUCUUCCUGCUGACCGCAUCCCUAAAGUAAAGGCUUUAAUGGACACAUAUAACGAAGGUGACGAGUCAAAGAAAGAACUUUAGUCUAUACUACGAGAAACUGAGAAAAUAUAAGUAAUAUUUUGACAAUUAUUAACUUUAUUUUCGUGCUGUAUUUAAAUAUUAACUUUGUUUUCAUGCAGUAGAUUUGAAUUGUUUUAUCUCAGUGGAUAAAUUAUUUUGUAAUCAAAAUGAAGGAAGAUGGAUGGCAUUGUCUUUAUAUUUCAUGAUGUGACAAUGUCAAAGUGAGCAUGGGAAGGUAGUUGUUUUGACGCGUGAAACCUUGAUUCAUUGAUUGGUCGAAUGCUGUCACGAGUUAAUAUUAUACAAAUAUGUUCCGCCUUCCCAGAUGUUUUCAAGAGUGUUAUCGUUCGUUCGUAAUUUAUUUCUUAUAUUCUCGUUUAAGUGCGUUUUAAGAUUUCCCAAUUAUUCGCAUAAAAAUAAAUGUCUGUCAUUUUCCUCUACAGCUAUCUAGAAAAGCUUCCAACAUGAUUUAACUGUUAUCACACAUAUAAUUUGCUAU